AUGGCACAACAGACCAGAAACGGAGGGACUUCAUUAAACAACAACAACGGCAUCGAUAACACCAAGAGGAAACUGUUGAUAGGACUGGACCUAUUCUGCCUGCUACUAGGUGAGUUUCAAAGACAUAUUAGUCCCAACUGUAAACAAAUGAAAUUACUUGACAGCACUGAAUGGUCUAUAACGUGACAAUAACAUGACAAUACUGUCAGACAAUAAUGCCAUCAGGGAAAAGUGUGACCUAUAACAAAUUGGACAAUUACAUAACAUAUUUAACACUUUAAAGGGUGUGACCAAAAUGUAUAAAACUGCGCUCACCAUAAUGGUGCGUUAGUGUGUUAUCAGUGAAAACAGAACAACUGUCAGCGUGUUAUAACAGAGAGAGAGAGGCAGCGGGAGUGGAUACCCGACCCUGAGCAGAGAGAGAGCGAGAGAGUGGACAGAACUCCAUCCAAUAUGUCCAAAGGGACAGGUUACUAUAUUAAAAAAAAAAAGUAAUAUGUUAACAACCUGCACCAUGUCCACCUAACACACUUCGUUAACGUGAUCAGAGUCAGACCGUGAAAUAGACGUCAGACAGUGAAAACCAGGACCACGGGACUACGUUUUAAGUGCCACUGAGAGAGAGAACAUAUUGUGGUUGUUGACAUGAUGUGAAGUGGUCAGCCAACAUGGCAUAUGGCGUCCUAAAGACCACUGUCUGACCGAACAAGACUCUGACUCUGAAAAUUAACCUAACUCAAUUUAUUAAGUUGCAAUUAAGUCAAAUCGUUUAUAAAUGUUAAAAACUCUACAGUUUUCAGAGUCUAUAAUUGGAUAUUAGAUUAUCCCAAUUAACAGUGGGUAAGGUCCCAAUGUGUGUGUUUCAAAUCAAAUUGUAUUUGUCACAUGCACCGAAACAACAGUUGUAGACUUUACAGCUGCUUAUGAGCCCUACCCAAUGCAGAGUUUAAAUUUUUUUUUUUUUUAAAUACUAAUAGUAACACAAGGAAUAAAAUACACAAGAAUGAAGAUAUAUACAGGGAAUACCAGUACCAUAUCACUGUGCAGGAGUAUGAGGUAUGUGAGGUAGAUAUGUACAUAAAGGCAGGGUAAAAUUACUAGGCAUCAGGAUAGAUAAUAAUACGAAUAAAAUAAAGAAGAAAGUAGCAGAAGCAUAUGAUGAGUGUGUGCAUGUGUGUAUCUAUGUGUGCAUGUGUGUGUGUGUGUGUGUGUUUGUGUGUGUGUGUGUGUGGCAUCGGUAUGCGUGUGUGUUUUGUGUGUGCAUAUGUAGUGUAUGUGAAUGCGUGUAGGUUUGUGUGAGAGUGUCAGUGUAGUGUGUGAGUGAGUGUAUUAAAUAGUGUAUAUAUUGUGUAGUAUUGUGAGUGUGCACAGUCAGUGCAAGAUAGGGUCAAUGCAGAUAGUCUGUGUAACCAUUUAGCAGUCUUAUGGCCAGGGGGUAGAAGCUGUUCCUGAGCCUGUUGGUCUGAGAGCCGGGAUGCUCCGGUAACGUUUUGAGGGCCUUCCUCUUAAACAGCCUGAUAUAGAGGUCCAGGAUGGCAGGGAGCUCGGUCCGAGUGAUUUACUGGGCUGUCCGCACCACCCUCUGUAGCGCUUUGCAGUUGAGGGCGGUGCAUUUGCCAUACCAAGCGGUGAUGCAGCCAGUCAAGAUGCUCUCGAUGGUGCAGCUGCAUAGCUUUUUGAGGAUCCAAGGGCUUUUCAGCCUCCUGAAGGGCUGUGUGUGUGUGUGUGUGUGUCCAGGGGGAGAGAUGUUGUAGAUGUUUUGAAGUGCUGUAGCUUGCACAUUUUACUGCCCCUUAAUUAAAUAGCCCGCCAGGCCCUCGCCCCUCCAGCCGUCCUCCCUUUCCCCUAUUGCCCAUAUUACCUUCUAAGAUGCCUUUCCAUCUAUAGAACAGGAAUGGUAUGAAACAGGACUAGUAUAAAAAUAGGAAUGGUAUGGUGUGGAAUUGGAAUAGAAAUAGAACAUGGAAUGUGAUGAUGCUCUGGAGAGCUAUUUGACAUUCAUUACAGGACAGCAUUGACACGGGUCAGGCAAGGCAAUGUCGUGUGUGUGUGUGUGUGUGUGUGUGUGUUUGUGUGUUUCUGAGGUGAUGAUGGCUCGUUUGAACCAUAGACCCCCUUGAGUGUUACCAAUGCCAGCCAUCUCCUUCUCUGUUUCUCUCUCAUUCUCCCUCUUUCUCACCCCCUUUCUCUGAGAGCAGGAUUAGGGAGUGAAGCCGAACUUUACACAUUCUCUCCCAGAACCUUAAAGCAAAUCCCCUUCAGCGGUCCCCCAUCACUCUACAGCAGAUUAACUUUCUUAUUUUCUCUUUCUUUCUUUCUCUCUCUCUCUCUCUCUCUCUCUCUCUCUCUCUCUCUCUCUCUCUCUCUCUCUCUCUCUCUCUCUCUCUCUCUCUCUCUCUCUCUCUCUAAUUGCUUAAACAUGUGUUGUGAGGCAGGGGGAAUGCCUCUCAACUGUAAGCCCUGCUCUGUGCACUGAGAGAUAGAUGGGCAAUUCCACGGUAACAGAAUUACACUUUGAAAAAACAUUAAUUUCAAAGUUUAACAAACCAUACAAAUCUAUGCAGAAUGAUUACUUUGAACAAUUUACACAGAACAUUUCACAAAAACACAUUUACUGGAAGAACUGUGCAGAUGCAAAGUUUGGUAACAGAAUUACAGUAAAAUCUCCCCCAGUUUUGUAUGUGACCACAUUUUCCAAAAACUCUGUUAAAUAUCUGCACCGAAUUAAGAUUCUGCAGAAAGAAUGUGGUGUCAGCUAUGACAUGACACCUUGAGUUUGGAAAAUAAUAUCAGGGUUAUUAAAUUACAGUAGGUGAAGUGGAUUUACGUCCGGUAACGGAAUUACGGUAACGGAAUUACAUCAUGGAUCCCUAAUCUGUACUAUACAGAAAUGUAUUAUUCUCUUCAUGGUGAUGUAUCCUGAAUAGGUAAACAAAGGUAGAAAUUUGCAAUAUCCUUCUUUUGCAUAUUUGGGUAUUAUUCUACACUGGCUAUUAUUGUAAUGAUCUCCGCUCCCAAACAAGACCACAUUUUGGUUGGUCUGGACCAGACCAAAUCUGAAACAAUAAUAAACGUCUAUGUUUCACAAGUUUGGACUGUACAGCACAGUAGAGCACAGGUAGAGGGUGUCAGGUAGCCUAGCAGUUAAGAGUGUUGGGCCAGUAACCAAACGGUUGCUGAUUCAAAUCCCGAGCUGACUAGGUGAAAAAUAAGUCAAUAUGCCCUUGAGCAAGGCACUUAACCCUAAUUGCUCCUGUAAGUCGUUCUGGAUGAGAGUUUCUGCUGAAUACCUAAAAAAUAAAAAGUAGAGUAAAGUAGAUAUGUACAGUAAAAUACAGUACACUGUUCUCUACUGUGCUGUCCAAACCUGUAAAACAUAGACGUCUAUGAUUGGUUCAAAUUGUUCCAGCCAGGGCGGACUGACCUAGUUUCAACUACUUUUCAACAUCGAUGGACGUCCGGUGUCGGUCGGUGCUCAGUGGGUAAGGAUGCUUGUUACAGUAAAUGGAAAGAGGGUAGGUGUCAGUAUGAGAGGUGACAUUAACUGGGGAGAGCGAGAGAGAGAGUGGCAGAGAGUGAGAGGGUGGGGUUGUCCCGACUGUUUUCAUAGUGUUAUUGGCCAUGAGACAACAGAAAGAGAAAGAAAACAGUUAUGAGCUGAACAUAACAGUAUGCCAGUGGAAGGGAAGACAGUAGCAGGUGACCCAACUGUGAUUUCCCAUUGUAGCCAAUUCAAUUGCAGUAAUUCCGUUACAGAUUUUGGGGUAAUUCCAUCACCGAUUUGGUAACAGAAUUACGAGUUUUAAUCACUUAAUAAUUGAUAAACAAACUUGAUAUCAUUAAAAACACAGUAACCAAUUGGUAGGUCUACCUUUACUUGUUACUUCUGUGAACUUUCAUUAUCCUCCUUCCUCAUGUGGGAGAGAAAUUAGAAAAUAUCUUUAAAAUAUGUGGGGUUUUGGUAACAGAAUUACAAGGCACAAGUCAAUGUUUCUUAAACUUACAGAAGGCAAAUCAUUUCUCCAAAACUAAAUAUGUCUUGAUAUUAGUUGGCAGGGGUCUUUACUUCAACAUUAUUGUGUUUUGAUGUAUUUCUAAUACCUUUUACAACUUUUUCUGGUAGAUGUUGUCUAAGACCCCUCUAAGAUCUGUUUGACCAAAACUCAAAGCCUUUGCUUAUUCCAUAGUUUUAGGAUGGAAAAUGGUUGAGAAAUGUAUAUAUGCAUUAAUAAAAAUAAAAAAUAAAUACUCUUAGCUUUCAUUUGACACCCAAUUUGACAUCCUUUUAGAUGGAAAUGUCCAGAUAGAUUGAGAGAGAGAGAGAGAGAGAGAUGUUAGGAAAUGUAGCAAGGGACCAGGGAAAAGCUAAGAACCAUAAUAGCUCUAAAAACUGAUCUGAUAUUCACUGAGUGUAUAAAAAAUUAGGAACAACUUCCUAAUAUUGAGUUUCACCCCCUUUUACCCUCAGAACAGCCUCAAUUAGUCGGGAAAUUGACUCUACAAGGUGUCAAAAGCAUUCCACAGGGAUGCUGGCCCAUGUUGACUCCAAUGCUUCCCACAGUUGUGUCAAGUUGUCUGAAUGUCCUUUGGGUGGUGGAAUUUCUUGAUACACAUGGGAAACUGUUGAGCGUGAAAAACCCAGCAGCAUUACAGUUCUUGACCCACUCAAACAGGUGCGUCUGGCACCUACUACCAUACCCUGUUCAAAGGCACUUAAAUAUUUUCACCCUCUCAGUGGCGCACAUACACAAUCCAUGUCCCAAUUGUCUCAAGGCUUAACAACCCUUCAUCUACACUGAUUGAAGUGGAUUUAACAAGUGACAUCAAUAAGGGAUGAUGCCUUUCACCUGGAUUCACCUGGUCAGUCUGUGUCAUGGAAAGAGCAGGUGUUCCUAAUGUUUUGAACACUCAGUGUAGCACAUUUGCUUCAUAAACAUAGCUGAAUUCAGUCUAGAAACAGUUAAUUUACAACCAGGGAGUUUACAUUUCUAUUGGUUUGUUUAUUGAAAAACCCUAGAAACACACACACUGUUUCAACUAUUUCAUCUCUAGCAUAUAAACUAAGAAACAGAUACACUGUUUCAUAUAAACUCUGUGACAUUCUUUGAAUCCAUGUGGAGUACAUUUCCUCCACAAACCAACUUCUUCCACUUUAGAAACAUAGGCUGGUAUGCACACACACACACACACACACUCUCACUCUGACUCUCUCUCUCUCUCUCUCUCUCUCUCUCUCUCUCUCUCUUUCUUUGUGAUGCUAAACUCAGACAAGCUGUUAGUUUUUGAUUCACUGGCCUGGUUUAGUGGCGUGGGGGUGAGGGAGGGAGGGAUGGAGAGAGAUGAAUCUAGAGAAAGAGAAGAGGAGAUAGAGGGGUUCUAUCAUUGGGAAUGAAAGGGGGGAGGAGGAAUGCGAGUGCGGAGGACUUGAAGAAUGUGUGAUUGUGAAUGGGCUUUGUCCUUACCCGAGUGUGUGCUGCAAGUGUGUGUGUGUGUGUGUGUGUGUGUGUGUGUGUGAGGGCGUCAGAUGGUGAUGUUUAAGUGGCAGGAGAACCUCAGGGAUAAGACAGAGUACUACCUGCCACUCCCCCAACACAUGGAGGGUUCUGGUGAACACAGUCUAGGCAGACAGUUUAUAGACCCUCCUGUUCCUCUUAUAUAAAUCAGAGAUAAUAAAUAAAUCAACUUCUAUACUGUCAGAGAGAACAGCAGCCCAGAGAGAGAUUGAGACAGACAUAUUUACUAUGGAGAGUAAACAGUUGAGCACUAGUCCUUAAUCCCAUACUGGCAGUUGGACACAAAUUACAGCAUCUGCUGAUUAGCAUAGUUGGAAAGAGCAUGCACGCACAUUGAAAAUACACACACGCCACACGCGCACACACACACAGCAUCCCAGGGCUGUUUGAGAGUGGGAGAGUUGAGAUUGCAGAUGUUUGUUAGAAGACAUGUUCUAGGUGGAGAGACGCUGUGGGACUGGAGCACUGUGUGACUGUGUGUGUGUCUUUGUGUGUCUGUGUGUUCAUGUUCGGACUAGAGCUGGGAAGCUAUUCAAGGUUGGCGUCUUUCUCAGAAUAUAAAUUCCAGUUCCCCUCCCUCUCUCCUCUCCACUCUGACUUUUAAUCCAGAUGGCUGCUCAGAAAGCAACAAACAGUGAAAGUAAAUGCUAAUUAAAUGUAGCUAAGCAAAUGUCUGUAUAGCAACCAAUCUUAUUCAUCUGAGAGCAACAUCUCCCAUUAAUUUCCUAAUGUCACUGAAUGAGAUCAUGCCUGUUACCAUGUUACCAUUAGCUGAAUAUGAGAUUUUAGGUAAUGUGUGUUUGUAUGUGCAGUCUGACCUGACGUCAGUCUCUGAAUAGCAUUAGAGUCCAGGGGAAUCAGCCUAUACUAGCGUUAACCUCCUAUAGCUGCUGUUAGCAAUAACCCUUGUCUCUACCUCCCAUUAAGACUUAUAGCAUUACAUUACAGCAGUUUUACCUUCCAACUUUAACACAUUUAAACACAUACAUCACUUUAACCCUAUACUCUACCUCCCCCAGUAUAACAUCAGUAUCCCUCCUCAGCCACUUUAUUCUGACUGACUGACCGGCUCUAUAAAUAUUUAACAGAAUUUCUUACAUUCCUCAUCCGCCAGCAGUACCGAACUCUCUUGAAGUGACAUCUGGUGUAAUUGUGUGUUUGUGUGUGUGUGUGUGUGUGUGUGUGUGUGUGUGUGUGUGUGUGUGUGUGUGUGUGUGUGUGUGUGUGUGUGUGUGUGUGUGUGUGCGUGCCUGCGUGCAUGUGUAGGGGCACUCAGGAAAGGGUGGGAAACGGAAAGGUAAUGUCGGUCGGACGUAGGUGUGUCUCACUUUGCUGUGAAACGUAAUACCGUCCGCGUUCCAGACUCCUUUUCCCUCCUCCCCCCUCCUCCCCCCUCUCCCUCCCUCUACCUCCCUGUAACCCCACUUUGCCAGUCCCCUCCUCCCCUCCUCCCUCUCCCUCGCUCAAUCAGUGGUGAUGGUAAUAGUGGGACUCUGUAGAGGGAGGAAUGUGUUGGGCCUGUGGUAGUAACGGGGUAUAGCUGUAGCUGUGCCUAGUGUGAGUAGUUUACCGGCAGGCUGGUAGGGCUAGUGUUAGCCAGGUGCCUGUUGGAUGGAUGACUAAUCUAACCAUAGGUGGCUCACGUCACAACUGUAAACACACACAAACACACACACACACCAAAACGAUUUUGGGUUAAUUGUUGUGAGUGGUGCUGUUUAUUCUCCUGUAGAACAAACACAGUUGUGUUUACAGAGAGGGUAGUUCCAGGAAGCAUUACAACCUUUUAUGGGUCUACUCUAGACCAGGGCUCUCCAACCCUAGCUGUCCAGGAACAAGGUUGGAGAGCCCUGUUUUAGAGGACACACGCUGACUUGGGCCACACGCUACAGACAGACAGACAGCAGUUAGAGUGGGAGUCAUCAGGCUGAUACGAGAAGAGGAGCUGUGUUUAAACUCACAGGGACUACCGGUAUGUUUACUGACAUCUUUACUUCAGGAGAGAACAUAAACCAUUAUUGGAUUGACUAGAGAUUAUAUAGAAUCUAUGUGAUAUAUUAUGAAUACCCCCACUCAUUUCUCCUCUGCCUCUUCCAUGGCUGUAUUCUGCUGCAGAGGUUGUAGUCUGAGAGAGGACAGGAGGCCUGCAUUGUUAUGCCUGGUAUUUAUUGUAAGCACACACACAAACACACUUGUUCGUGGAUGUUUGCACCCCUGGCUACAUUAUUUACAGUUCUGUGCAUUGAUACAGGGCCACACUGACCUACAGAGCCCUCAAACUCAACUCUGGACGUCGAAGCCAGUUCCACUGUGUUUUGUCAUUGUUCCCCUCUAAUAAGGGACUGAUUUAGACCUGGGACACCAGGUGUGUACAAUUCAUUAUCAGGUAGAACAGAAAACCAGCAGGCUCCGGACCUCAUAUGGUAAGAGUUGAAUACCCCUUGCUGUAGAGGGUCACGCAUGUGGACAUGGUGUCUAUAGUAUACAGGACAUUUCUGGUUUGGUAUUGUGAUAUAGUGGUAUUACGGUUUAGUUGCUAUGGGGUUAGGGUUGGGCCUAUGCGUUUGUUAUGGUAUGGAUUUCUUCUCUAUUCAGAGCCUGUGUUCUGUUGUGUAGAAGGUGAGUUAGCUCCUGAGGCUUUAGCUACAGCAUUACUGCCUUACAUAACUAGACUUAGAUCCUUGCAUGUUGACUACACCAACCUUCAUAUAGGGCACCCAGACUUCCAAGAGUGUGAGUGUUUUUAUAAUCCAAUUGGCAUCAGGCCCAGGCUGAUGUGUGUACCUUAAACAGCCACCUGGUCUCCGUCUACUGGUUGUACUGGUUACGUGACAGCAUACACAAGGGGACGGCAUAUGGCAAACACACACACAUACACAGUCGCAGCUGGUGUUUGAGGCUACUGGUUGUAUGGCUAGAUGAUAAUGAUACACUCCUGGGGUUUCUGAGGCCUCAGGGCUGUCAUUAGAUAGGUUAGUGUAACAGACUGGACAGGCUGUGUGGGUAGUGUAUUUGUGCUUGCCAUAUGCGGUCCCCUUUGUGCAUUCUGUAGCCAGUGGGUUGACUGAUUGAGAGUGUGUGUGAUAGGAAUAAUGAUGACGAUUCACUUGAACUCUCCCCUGCUCCUCUUAUCUUACUCCCCUGUCUGUGUGUGUGGGUGUCUGAUCCUGCAUGUGUCUUUCCUCCACAAACAGUUUUAGAGUGGUCUUGAACUCUUGAUUAUAAUUCCAGGGUGUUUAGCUGUAUGUUCUAAGUGUGGGUUUCAAGUUUAGGUUUCAAGCGUGUGUUCUGUGGAAUUCUGUGUGUGGGCAUCACACAUAAACAUCUGACAGCCCCUUCUGUCUCUCUCUCCAGUCUCUCCCUCUAUUUUCUCUUUGUCCCCACCAUCCUUGACAGGGCCUCAUCUCUCCAUCUCUUCUCUUCACUGUCACACUGGCCCCUCUGGCCUCAAUACUGAUUAUCUCUCUCUCUCUCGCUCUCUCUCUCUGGGGGUGGGGAGAUAUUCACUGUUUUGGGGAACAAUGGUUCUUUUGAUGUGUCUGGACUCUUUGUGCCGCUAAUGAGCACUAAUAGUCCUCUAGUAGAGAGGGAUGGAUGGAGGGGGAGAGAUGGAGAAAGGGGAGAGAGAGGGAGAGAGGGAGAGAGAGAUAGUUCCUCACUUCUUAAUUUAAAAAUAAAAUAAAAAUUAAAAUUAAACUUCUUGUGUAUCUCUCAGUUACUCUUGCCCUCCCUCCGUGUCAUUGGCUGGUCAUUUAGUUGACAGGAGACAAAUGUUACAGAGGAGGCUGUAUGGGUCUAUUUAUCAGACUUUGUGAUUCUGUUGUCUGGAUGUGGUCUUAUCCAGCAAGAGGCUGUUAUAAGGCUGUUAAGAAGAGGCUGUUAUAAGGCUGUUAGUUCUUAUCCUUAUCUCUGACUCUCUCUAUCCUGUUUACAUACAGAGGGCUGUAGAGGAGAGGCUCACUGGAGAACAAUACUGAGACCGUUCACACCAUAGCCGGGAUUUAACACCCAUUGUCUUGAUAGAAACACAAGCUCACACUUACUUACUUGUGUGCUCGCGCGCACACACACACACACACAUUCGUGUACAACUAACCUUGUGGGGACACACAUUUCAGUUCCAUUCAAAAUCCUAUUUUCCCUAACCCCUAAACCUAACCCUAACCUCAACCCUAACCUUAACCCUAACCGUAACCCCAAAACCUAACCUUAACCCUAAACCUAACCUUAGCUCCUAAUCCUAAAACCAACCCUAGCUCCUAACCCUAAACCUAAUUCUAACCUUAACCCUAAACCCCCUAGAAAUAGCAUUUGACCUUGUGGGGACCAACAAAAUGUCCCCACAAGUAUAGUUAAACAUGUCCACGCAUGCACACACACACACACACACACACACACACACACACACACACACACACACACACACACACACACACACACACACACACACACACACACACACACACACACACACACACACACACACACACACACACACACACACACAGAGAGACAGGGGUAGCAGGCCCUGAUCUCUAGCCCAGACAAAGACAGUACACUCUUCCCUUAGUGACAGCUGGAGCUCUGGUGCUCUGAGCCUCUGAUAUCGGGGCCUGGGGGUUAGGACGGGUAGAGAAAAGGAGGAGGGUAGGAGAGGGAAACGAGUAGAGAAAUAGAGAUCAUCAGCUUUCAAAGGGCCUCCAGCCCUACUCUCCAAACCAGGUCUUUGUCCUACAGGGUAAUAAUACCAUUAUAGCACCAGUAGAGGGAUGCCCAGCUGGCCUGACAGACGGCUCUAUUCUAUAUAAUGUUCUUUAUGCUCUAUACUUUACAGUCUAUACUAUAAAGCCAUGUGAUCUGUGUGCUGCUGGGGUCCUAUGGGGUCUCGGGUUUCCCUCCUAAAGCAGAUAUGAUGGCAGCAAUGUGCUGGACUCCACAAGAGCAGGUGGAAGAUCAAAUCAUUUGAACUCUGAGCACAGCAGCUCUGCCUCAGGAGGACAGUCCAAUUCCACAGACGGAUCAUUCAUGGUUUCUGUGUUGGGACGCUCGGUCCUUUCCCAAACUCCGGGCCGUGGGGCUGGAAGACUGAAAUUGUUCCAUUGAAACAGCACUGGAACAGCUCCCUUCUUCAGAUGUCUGCGCCCAGCUGGAGUCGGAGGCUCUAUCACAUCUUCACUUAGAAAGUGUCGGCUGCAGACUCGUGUGUUUGUUGUAAGAAAGUUGACUCGUCGAAUGUUAAUCACCCACCGUUUAUGUAAUUCACUGUCUUUGGGAAAAGUAAAAAAACUAACCGAAGAAUUGCAUCUGGCAGACACUGUACAUUGUGGCACACAGCAGUGAUGGCUGGAAGAGUAAGUAAAAACAUUAACAUAAACAUUAAGAUAAACAACAACAACGACAAAUAUUAACCGUUUCGGAUGUUUUUGACGACAAGCAUUCAAUGCUAGCAUACGGUAGCACAGCAUUCUACGAUAACCGGAAGUUUACAUCCAUCCUGAGAUUUAACCGGAAAUACGUCAUGGUCGCCUGUGCAUAUCGCCUAUUAAGUGUUUGUUGUCAUUCAAGGAUAGACAAAUCGUUUUCAUGCACAUUUUUUCACUUGAGAAAUACUGCACCAAACAUCUUCGUUAGAUGUAAAAUUACGCGACUAAAAGAUCUCCUCGGCAAAAACAUCAAAAUCAAUGACAGAGUUCUUGAGUUAUCUUUAAAAAUUCAGACUAUUUUGGCUACGGGCGUAUCAAGAUGGACAAACUAUUGCCGCUUUUUUCUCGUUUUUCAAGUGAAGGUCUUUUAGGGGAGUAAGCUAGCACACGCCGAGUUCGGCCGAACCGAAGCAUGAGGAAGGCUUAAGGGGAACGUUGAGUUACGUAAUAGCUACUCUCUUCCUUCAGAUCUAAAAACACUUAAGGGCUAGGGAGUAGAGGGUAGGCGUUAAAGAACUAAGCGUACUCACUGCCCCUGUUUUGCUAAAAAGCUAAGAGAUGGGGCUGGAGAAAUGUAACCACUCUCAAAUUCAUAGACAGAGCUAUGGAUGCAAGGACUGACCAUCCAUUAUAUCAAAUGUAUAGUUUUAACCAUGUUUUGAGGCUAUGCAGUGUUUGUUUACAUUUAAGUUGUUUACAAACAUUGGAGUAAAUCAAGCUUAUAUCUUGGGUUCUGAUGGGGUUGGACAGUUGAUCUAAGCUAAUGAGGCAUUUAUAAGUUAUAUUCUUCAAGAAUCAUUGGGUAUAUAUAAUUAAUUUCCAAAAAUUGAUGUAGCAACUAAGGAUUCUAGCAUUAAGGCUUGGAGGUCAGGGGUAAGGGGAGCUGGAGCAAGGACCUCAGAGGCUGUCCUUUGCAGGUGCCUGUCUGUAAAGACCCCUGGCCCAGAGGCUGUCCUAUCAGGUGCCUGUUUGUAAAAGGAUGGUCGUUUAUUGGUGUGAAUAAAAUCUCUCAGAGUAAGCACCCCGCGCCCCCUGCCCUGCCUAGCCCUAACCCUGCCCUUUCACUGCAGGAGAAAAGAGGCCAUUCACACUGUACAGUGCUCUGCUGAUGAAGCAGCUUGUCUCUCUCUCUGUGUGUGUUUGUGUGUGUGUGACUGAGUGUGUGUGUGACAUCAGCAGCUUGCGCAGACAAAGCUCUCUCAAACACACUCAUACACAGAUCAGCUGUGGAGUAGAAUUGAAAACGAGAACAGAGAGAGGAGAGGAGAACAGAGGAAAGGAGAGGAGAAUGAAGGAGAGGAGAGAAGAAGAGAGGAGAGGAGAGAUUGUAGCUGCUAUGCUAAAGCUGUUCAAGUCAUUGGUAGUACAGUAUUUCAGGCUAGCACUGAUCUCGUGUGAGGGUCACUCUCCUAACCCUUGACCCUUAACCCCUGACCCCUGACCUCUAACCUUGCAAAGUGGAAUAGCAAACUCCUAAAGAGUUCCUCAGGGUCCACACAUACAGUACCUUAAUGUCAACGUAGCACACACACACAGACACACACACAAACACACACACACACACACACCAGUGACCAAGUGCAGGGCCAUAUUUAACCCAACAUUCUCUCUAAAUGACUGGGCAGUGGAGUAUCACUAUCUGUCUCUCUCUCUGUCACUUGACUGUAUGCUAUUAAUGCAUCGAUACUGGUAACAGCUAAGCAGCUAAACACCACAGAAACCCCCACUAAUUAUCCUCCACUUCCCCCCUAGUCGUUCUCAGAGGUCCAGUCUCUCUCUCUCACACACAAACACACACACACACACACACACACACACACACACACACACACAUACACACACACACACACACACACACACACACACACACACCCGCUGGCAUUGACGGGUCAGAUCAGAACAAUGCCGCCGGGCUAGCGGACCUGGUGCCCAGCCACCCAUUCUUCACACAGAAUCCUCCCCCUGCCACACACACGCACGCGCACACACAGAUACACGCACACACACACACACACACAUACACACACACACACACACACACACACAGCUUAUCAGAGCAGACCAGCGACCAGGCCCCCAACUCCCCUGGGCUCAGAUAGGCCCUAAUAACACGGUUAAUGGACCAGACACACUAGAGCUGUGGUACCUGUGUGAAUCGGGUUGCUAGGGAGUUUUAACCCUUUGUUUUAAUCCGGAACUAGAGUUUAGCGAACGAUUGGAUUAGCAGACCUUUAUUAUGUCAUCAAUAAGGACCAGAUAGAAUGUUCAGUUCCUCAGAAAGGUGUCAGGUAGCCUACUGAACUCUUUCACCCCCUCCUUUUCGACCUCUCCCUAUAUCUCUCUCCCUCCCAUUUUCCCUCCCUUUUUCUCUCCAGUCUGUCCAGCUUUCUCUGUGAAAGAGCCUUGUCACGAGUACACACGCACGUACACACGCAUGCUAGUGGUGCGCGGGUCAGCUCUUUGUUCAUCCGCACCCGCCCACAAUUGCUAACAACCCAUCCGCAACCGCCAGACUAUAUGUGAUAAAGUGACAAUCUGAGGCCUGCACCCGACCCUAACCCGCUAAUAUAGAAAAUGCGCUAUAGGCUACAGUCAAAGAUGGCGGAAUGAUUUUUUGACAGGGGGUGCAGUUUUUUAGAUAAAGUACAGUGGGGGAAAAAAGUAUUUAGUCAGCCACCAAUUGUGCAAGUUCUCCCGCUUAAAAAGAUGAGAGAGGCCUGUAAUUUUCAUCAUAGGUACACGUCAACUAUGACAGACAAAUUGAGGAAAAAAAAUCCAGAAAAUCACAUUGUAGGAUUUUUUAUGAAUUUAUUUGCAAAUUAUGGUGGAAAAUAAGUAUUUGGUCACCUACAAACAAGCAAGAUUUCUGGCUCUCACAGACCUGUAACUUCUUCUUUAAGAGGCUCCUCUGUCCUCUACUUGUUAUCUGUAUUAAUGGCAUCUCUUUGAACUUGUUAUCAGUAUAAAAGACGCCUGUCCACAACCUCAAACAGUCACACUCCAAACUCCACUAUGGCCAAGACCAAAGAGCUGUCAAAGGACACCAGAAACAAAAUUGUAGACCUGCACCAGGCUGGGAAUACUGAAUCUGCAAUAGGUAAGCAGCUUGGUUUGAAGAAAUCAACUGUGGGAGCAAUUAUUAGGAAAUGGAAGACAUACAAGACCACUAAUAAUCUCCCUCGAUCUGGGGCUCCACGCAAGAUCUCACCCCGUGGGGUCAAAAUGAUCACAAGAACGGUGAGCAAAAAUCCCAGAACCACACGGGGGGACCUAGUGAAUGACCUGCAGAGAGCUGGGACCAAAGUAACAAAGCCUACCAUCAGUAACACACUACGCCGCCAGGGACUCAAAUCCUGCAGUGCAAGACGUGUCCCCCUGCUUAAGCCAGUACAUGUCUAGGCCCGUCUGAAGUUUGCUAGAGUGCAUUUGGAUGAGAAUGUCAUAUGGUCAGAUGAAACCAAAAUAGAACUUUUUGGUAAAAACUCAACUCGUCGUGUUUGGAGGACAAAGAAUGCUGAGUUGCAUCCAAAGAACACCAUACCUACUGUGAAGCAUGGGGGUGGAAACAUCAUGCUUUGGGGCUGUUUUUCUGCAAAGGGACCAGGACGACUGAUCCGUGUAAAGGAAAGAAUGAAUGGGGCCAUGUAUCGUGAGAUUUUGAGUGAAAACCUCCUUCCAUCAGCAAGGGCAUUGAAGAUGAAACGUGGCUGGGUCUUUCAGCAUGACAAUGAUCCCAAACACACCGCCCGGGCAACGAAGGAGUGGCUUCGUAAGAAGCAUUUCAAGGUCCUGGAGUGGCCUAGCAUCUCCAGGGAAAGGGGCCCAUUUAAAAAACCCCCCCUGAAAACAGUGCUCUCUGAUGAAGCAGUUUGUCCUCUUUUCUGUGUGUGUUUGGUUUGGGGGGAAGGAGUGUGGUUUGAAAUCAGCGCUUGGCAGAAAAAAGCCCCCUCAAAUCACACUCAAAACACAGAUAAAGUUGGGGUGAAUUAAAAAGGGCCCCAAGAGGGAAGGAGAAAAAGGAAAAGGAGAGGAAAUUUAAGGAGGGGAGAGAAAAAAGGGAGGGGGAGAGUUUGGGUACGCUAUGCUGUUUUUAAAAGUCGGGUAGAAACCGUUUUCCCCGGCUAGCACUGACUCGUGUGGGGGUUUAAACUCUCCAACCCUUGCCCUUUAAACCCCUUUCCCCUGCCUUUUAACCUUGAAAAGGGGAAAAUACCCAAACUCCUAAAGAGUUCCUCAGGGCCCACACAUACAGUACCUUAAUGUAAAAUUUGCACACACACACAACAAAACCCACAAAACACACACACCACACACAGGGACCAAUGCAGCCCCAUUUUUCCCCCAAACAUUUCUCCAAAAAAUAAAAUUUGGGCAGUGGAGAAAAUCACUAUCUGUCUCUCUCUCUGUCACUUGCUUUUGGGUUUUAAAUGCUCGUUGGUAAAACCCAAAAGCACUAAACACCCAAAAAAAAACCCCCACUUUAUCCCCCACUUCCCCCCUAGUCGCUCAGAGGUCCAGUCUCUCCCCUCUCACCCCAACAAAAACCACACAAAACCCACACCCACCCCCACACACACACACACAUACACACACACACACACCCCACACACACACACACACCCCCCCCCGUGGCAUUGACGGGUCAGUCAGAAAAAUGCCGGGGCAAAAGGGAAAACCCGGGGUGCCCAGCCCCCCCUUUCCUUCACACAAAAUCCCCCCCCCUGCCACACACCCGCCCCGGAAACCCACAGAUACACCACACACACACACACCCAAUACCCCCAAAACCACAACACACACACCCACAGUUUUUCAGAGCAGCCCCAGCGCCCAAGGCCCCCAACCCCCCUUUGGGUCAGUAGGCCCUAAAAACAGGGUUUUAAGGGACCAGACACAAAAGAGCUUUGGUACCUGUGUGAAGGGGUUUGUUUAGGGAUUUUUUAAAAAAACCCUUUGUUUUAAUCCAAACUAGAUUUUUAGCGAACGUUGGAUUAGCAGCCCUUUUAUUAUGUAAAUCAAAAAGGACCGGGUUGGAAUGUUCAGUUCCUCGAAAGGUGUCAGGUGGGGCCUUUACUGAACUCUUUCACCCCCCUUUUCGACCUCCCCCUAUAUCUUCUCCCCCAUUUCCCCCCUUUUUUCUCCCCAUUCGGGCCAGCUUUUUUCUUGGGUGAAAGACCUUUGGGUCACGAGUACACCCCAGGGACCCCACGCAUGCGGGGGUUUUCCGGGUCAGCUCUUUGUUCAUCCGCCACCCGCCCACAAUUGCUAAAAACCCAUCCGCAACCGCCAGACUAUAGUGAUAAAGUGAAAAUCUGACCCCUGCCCCGCCCAAAACCCCAAUUUAUAAAAAUCGCAUGGGCCCUUCAGUAAAAGAUGGGGGAAAAUGUUUUUUUGACAGGGGGGGGGCGGUUUUUAGAAAAAUUUACAGUGGGGGAAAAAAAGUAUUUGUCACCCACCAAUGUGCAAGUUCUCCCGCUUUAAAAAAGGGGGGAAGGGGCCCUUUUAAAUUUUUCAUCAUAGGUACCCCGCAACUAUGACAGCCAAAUUGGGGAAAAAAAAAUCCAAAAAAAGGGUAAUUUUGAUUUUUUUAUAAUUUUAAAUUUAAAAAUUAGGUUGGAAAAAAUUUUUUGGCCCCAAAAAAAAACAAGAAAGUUUUCCGGGCUUCCACAGACCUGUAAUUUCUUUUUAAGGGGGGCCCCCUUGUCCUCUACUUGUUACCCUGAUUUAAUGGCAUCUCUUUGAAUUUUUACAGUAUAAAAGCCCCUGUCCACAACCUAAAAAACAGUAAAACCCCCCAAAAACCCCACAAGGCCCAAGCCCAAAAGAGCUGUCAAGGACCCCAGAAAAAAAAAAUUGUAACCUGCACCAGGCGGGGAAUAUGAAUCUGCAAUAGGUAAGAAGUUGGGUUUUGAAAAAAAAUAAACUGUGGGAGCAAUUAUUAGGAAAGGGAAAGAAUAAAAGACCACAAUAAUCUCCCUCAUCUGGGGCCCCACGCAAAGAUCUCCCCCCCCCCCCGUGGGGUCCAAAAUGAUCCCCGAAGGGUGAGGAAAAAAUUUCCCAAAACCCACAGGGGGGGGCCCCUAGGGAAUGCCCUUUGCAGAGAGCGGGGGACCAAAAGAAACCAAACCCCUCCCAUCAGUAACACAUACGCCCCGGGGAUAAAAUCCGGGCAGUAAGACUUGGGCCCCCUGUUAACCCCAAGUACAUGUCGGGGCCCUCUGAAUUUUGAAAGGGGCCCUUUGGUGAAAAUGUAUAGGGUCAGAUGAAACCAAAAAUAAACUUUUUUUUUAAAAACUAAACUCGUGGGUUUGGGAAAAAGAAUCCCGGGUUUGCACCCAAAAAACCCCCCCAAAAAAAACCCCUUUACUGUGAAGAAAGGGGGGGGGGAAACAAAAUUCUUUGGGGCUUUUUUUCUGCAAAGGGACCAGGACGAUUUAUCCGUGUAAAGGAAAAAAGAAGGGGGGCCAGUUUUGUGGGGAUUUUGAGUAAAAACCUCCUUACAUCAGAAAGGGGCCCUUGAAAAAUAAAAAGUGGCGGGUCUUUCAGCUUACAAUAAACCCAAAAAAACCCGCCCCGGGCAACAAAAAGGAGUGGUUCGUAAGAAGCAUUUCAAGGUCCGGGAGGGGCCUAGCCAUCCCCCCAAUCUAAAACCCCAUAGAAAAUCUGUGGGGGGUUUUUGAAAGCCCGGUUUUUCCCAGGCCCCACCCCCAAAAACAUACUGCUUUUAGGGGGAAAAUCUGCUUUGGGAAGGAAAAAAUUUCCCCCAGCAACAGUUUUGUAAAAACCUUUGUGAAGACUUACAGAAAACGUUUGACCUGUCUCAUUGCCAACAAAGGGUAUAUAACAAAGUAUUGAGAAACUUUUGUUAUUGUGUCAUGAGCCUCUCACUCCACCGGGUUACCACCUUAAUCUUCUUCCACUCUGCUCACCACUCUCUCUACUCAGCCUAACUAGCUCCACCUGUCCCUGCUCUGCUCUGCUCUAAUUACUCUGCCAGCUGCGCUGCAUUACCCACUACCCUCUCACAGUAUUUAUAAGGCCCUGUCUUUCAGUUUCUCCGGUGUCAGAUCGUCUGCAAAGCUCACACCCGGAACCUGUUUGCUCGCGCUUCUGGCUCACCCUGGUUUUGUGACCCCGGACCUGCCUGAUUUUUGGAUACUCUUCUGCCCCAGGAGAUCCAGACCUGCUUCUGCCAUAACGACUCCUGACUACUCUUCAAUCCCGGUAACUCUGACCAGCCUUCUGCCUUGCUACUACGUAUUUGGAUUUCCCUUGAACUGUACUGCUUGCCUUGUUUCAUUCCGCCCUGUUGUGUCUGUGUCUCCCCCCCCCAGGACUUCUGGACCACCCCACCACCGGCUUCAUAGGACGCAUCGCUGCCACUGGGGGGGGCACAGACCCCAGCACAUUGGACGGGAUCCCUGUUACCCCUGGAGCCUUCAUUCACUCCCUACUUCCCCCCUUUUCCCUUAAGUUUUAAUAAACUUUCUGGUGUGACGCAAUUGUGGUCCUCUGGUCGUCUGUCUGAACCGUGACAGUACGAUCUGACCAUUAUGGACUCAGCGCACACUUUCCCCGACAUGGAGACCGAUGAGCAUGAGCAGCAGUUCCAGCAGCAGCAACAACAACUCGCCAUGAUCAUUCAACUCCUCACCAACCUUACCCCAGCCAGUCUGCCCACCAGCCCUGCCCCCGAGUUACCUGCCCCGGUCAUUGCAGCCGCUGCUCCGGAACCCAAGAUUGGAAACCCCGAGCGGUUUCAACGGCGACUCAACCCAGGUCCGGCCAUUCUGACGUAGCUGCCGACUUCAGUUCUCUUGCAGCCAAGGACCUUCGCCACGGAGGGGGCUAAAGUUGGGUAUCCAUCACUCACCUGACGGGCCCGAGCUCGACUCUGGGGAACAGCAGAGUUCGAACGUCAAACCCCCGCAUGUGCAACCUUCGACCUGUUUGGCUGAGGAGAUGCUGAAGGUGUUUGACCUGGGAUUCACCAACCGCAGAGGCGUCCUCGUGAACUGUUCAGUAUUCGACAGGCAGACGUACAGUCGCAGACCAUUCCAUCGACUUCCGAACCCUGGCUAGACGAAGUUCUUGGAACACACCAUCGUUGGUGGACGCGUUCUUCCAUAGUUUGGCUGACUAUAUCAAGGACGAGUUGGUCUCCCAUGAACUGCCUUCCACUCUUGAUGAAGCCAUCGCACUGACUGUCAGGAUCGACAGAAGGAUACAGACCCGUCGUCGUGAGAGGGGGCGCCAAGGUCCACCUACUACCGGCAUUCGGAGAGAUCCGACUGGGCUCCUGUCAUCUACUGCCACUCACCCAGGUCAGUUUGAUCAGUCUGAGCCUAUGGAGAUUGGGCGAGCCUCUCUCACUCCUGCAGAGCGCCAGCGCCGCUUCACCUCAAACCUCUGCCUCUAUUGUGGAGGUGAUGGACAUCGUGUGGUAACCUGCCCUUUUAAAGGGCCGAAGCUCACCGGGCAUAGGGGGAGUCCGGUUGAGUUCUAUGACCAUCCAGUCCUCCGACCGCAAACCCCUGCUGCAAGUUCACCUCCGCCUCUCUGACUCAACUCACACCCUGGCUGCUCUGGUGGAUUUCUGGCGCCGAAGCCAACAUAAUGGACAUCAAGCUGGCACGCCAACUGGGACUGGAGAACCUCCGUUUGACACCUCCUAUUCCUGCCCGGGCACUGGACGGACACUUACUCGGAUCGGUCACUCAUGUCACGGCCCCGGUCUCGAUGGGGUCUGUCCGGAAACCAUCAAGAAACUAUCCAGUUUCACCUGCUCCCCUCUCCAGGCCAACCCCUCAUCCUGGGUUUACCCAUGGCUCGCCGGCACAACCCUCAGCUCGACUGGGUGACCGGGGUGAUCAGGGAGUGGGGAGAGGACUGCCACCGAACCUGCCUGCUUGCUUGCCGCACUACCCCCCCUCGGCCAGUACCUACUAACUCCGCUCCUGACCUCUCCAAUGUCCCAGAAUGCUACCAUGGUCUCAGAGAGGUGUUUAACAAAGCAAGAGCCACAUCUCUGCCCCCUCACCGACCGUACGACUGUGCCAUCGACCUCCUCCCUGGAACAGCCCCUCCAAAGGGUCGUCUUUUAUUCAUUGUCUGCUCCUGAAAGAAAGUCCAUGGAGGACUACAUCAAUGGCUCUCUGUCCGCAGGAUUAAUCCGUUCAUCUUCAUCUCCUGCUGGUGCUGGCUUCUUCUUUGUGGGGAAGAAGGACGGAUCUCUUCGCCCCUGCAUCGACUACAGGGGACUCAACGACAUCACAGUGAAAAACCGUUACCCUCUGCCUCUGCUCACCUCUGCUUUUGAGUUGCUCCAGGGAGCCACUGUUUUUACCAAGUUGGAUCUCAGAAACGCUUACCACCUAGUGCGGAUCCGGGAGGGAGAUGAAUGGAAAACCGCAUUCAAUACACCAACAGGCCACUACGAGUAUCUGGUUAUGCCUUUUGGCCUCACCAAUGCUCCUGCUGUGUUCCAGGCUCUAGUGAAUGAUGUACUGCGGGACAUGUUAAACAAGUUUGUCUUCGUUUACCUGGAUGACAUCCUAAUCUACUCCAGAAACCUGUCUGAACACACCCGCCAUGUCCAGCAAGUCCUUCAUCGUCUUCUGGAGAAUUCCCUCUACGCCAAGGCAGAGAAAUGUGAGUUUCACGUCAAGACAGUGGCCUUCCUGGGGUACAUAGUGGCAGAGGGAAGUAUCCAAAUGGAUCCUGCCAAAGUAUCAGCAGUCACUUCAUGGCCAGUUCCGGAGAACAGAAAGAAGCUGCAACAGUUUCUGGGGUUUGCUAACUUCUACAGAAAGUUUAUCCGGAACUACAGUACCGUUGCUGCCCCUCUCACUGCUCUAACCAGCACCAAGCAACCCUUCACCUGGACCCCAGCAGCCGACAAAGCCUUCAGUACCCUCAAGGUGAGGUUCACCUCCGCUCCCAUCCUCCAGAUGCCUGAUGUGGACCGGCAAUUCAUUGUGGAGGUGGACGCCUCGGAUGUGGGAGUUGGUGCUGUGAUUUCUCAGUGGGCUGCGGAGGAUAGGAAGCUCCAUCCCUGUGCCUUUUUCUCACGUCGGUUGUCCCCCUCUGAGUGCAAUUACGACAUAGGGAACCGUGAGCUGCUGGCUGUGAAGCUUGCCUUGGAGGAGUGGCGUCACUGGCUGGAGGGGUCCACCAUUCCAUUUCUCGUUUGGACCGAUCAUAAGAACUUGGAGUACAUCCGCACGGCCAAACGGUUGAACUCCAGGCAGUCCCGCUGGGCCCUGUUCUUCACCAGGUUUAAUUUCACUCUGUCAUACCGGCCUGGAUCACGCAACACCAAGCCAGACGCCCUCUCCCGUCAAUUCCAGAAGGAUGACACCCCCUCCAAGGACCCUGUGUCGAUUCUGCCAAGUCCCUGCAUCGUUGCAGCUCUGACCUGGGCUGUUGAGGAACAGGUGCUGGAGGCUCUCCGUAACCAGCCAGGUCCCAGCACUUGCCCAGCUGACCGCCUUUUUGUCCCCGAAGACCUGAGGUCCCAGGUCGUUCAGUGGGGACAUGACUCCCGCCUAGCUUGUCACCCUGGCUCCACCCGCACUUACAACCUGCUCGCCCAGAGGUUCUGGUGGCCCUCUCUGAGAAGGGAUGUACGGGAAUUCGUCCAAGCCUGCCCCCAUCUGCAACCAACACAAGUCGUCCUGCCAGCCCCCAGCCGGAUUGCUGCAGCCCCUGCCUGUGCCCAGACGUCCCUGGUCUCACAUCGCCCUUGACUUUGUCACGGGGCUGCCCCCUUCAAGUGGCAUGACCGUCAUUCUCACCAUUGUUGACCGUUUCAGCAAGAUGGCACACUUCAUUCCCCUCCCCAAGCUCCCAACCGCCAAGGAGACCGCCCAGGUGGUCCUGGAACACGUCUUCCGGAUCCACGGACUGCCUAAGGAUGUAGUUUCUGACCGUGGUCCACAAUUCUCCUCCGCUUUUUGGAAGGAGUUUCUGUCACCUGCUGGGAGCCACAGUCAGUCUGACUUCCGGAUUCCAUCCCCAAUCCAAUGGGCAGUCAGAGCGGGCUAAUCAGGAGCUCGAGAAGGCACUGCGAUGCAUGACUUCACGCAACCCCCACUCCUGGUCGCAGCAAUUGACAUGGGUGGAGUACGCACACAAUUCUCUGACCUGCUCUGCCAUCGGUAUGUCCCCUUUCCAAUGUGUUUACGGAUACCAGCCUCCUCUAUUUGCCAGCCAGGAAGAGGAGGUUACUUGCCCAUCUGCACUUGCUUUUGCCCGUCGAUGUCGCCGCAACCUGGUCACAAGCCCGAGCCACACUCCUCAGAUCCGUUGCCAGCUACACUACCGGGGCCAACCGUCGGAGAAUUCCUGCUCCCACCUACCAUGUUGGUCAAAGGGUGUGGUUGUCAUCGAAGAACCUGCCACUCAGGGUGGAGUCGCAGAAGCUGGCACCUCGGUUCAUUGGCCCAUUCCCUAUCAUAAGAGUGAUUAGCCCAACUGCUGUCCGGCUCCAACUGCCUAAUUCCCUGAGGGUGCACCCCACUUUCCAUGUGUCUAAGAUUAAGCCCAUCCAUGAGAGUCCGCUGGUCCCUGCUGCGCCUUGUCCUCCUCCUCCACGGCUCGUCGAUGGUGGUCUGGUUUACAACCGUCCGCCGCCUGCUUCGGUCCAGACGGAGGGGUAGGGGUCUCCAGUACCUCAUUGACUGGGAGGGCUAUGGACCUGAGGAAAGGACCUGGGUGCCAGCUAGUCGGAUUGUGGAUAGGACUCUCAUCACCGCUUUCCACCAACGGCAUCCUGAUCAACCUGCAAUCCGUAGGGGCCGCCCCAGAGGGGUCCCUAACCGUCCUGCCCGCUCGGCUUCCUGUCCUGUGCCUGAUCCUGUCUCGGGACCUGUCCCAUCUCCCGACCACGGCCCUCCGGCUUCCUCCGAGGAUGAGGACGUUCACUCGGACCGUUCGGAGGAGUUCUAGCCCUCCUCCGGCUCCCCUCCUCCCGCCCGGCGUGGUGUUGCUCUUGGGACUUCUGGGGCCGUCCCUUGGGGGGGGGGUUCUGUCAUGAGCCUCUCACUCCACCGGGUUACCACCUUAAUCUUCUUCCACUCUGCUCACCACUCUCUCUACUCAGCCUAACUAGCUCCACCUGUCCCUGCUCUGCUCUGCUCUAAUUACUCUGCCAGCUGCGCUGCAUUACCCACUACCUCUCCCAGUAUUUAAGGCCCUGUCUUUCAGUUCUCCGGUGUCAGAUCGUCUGCAAAGCUCACACCCGGAACCUGUUUGCUCGCGCUUCUGGCUCACCCUGGUUUUGUGACCCCGGACCUGCCUGAUUUUUGGAUACUCUUCUGCCCCAGGAGAUCCAGACCUGCUUCUGCCAUAACGACUCCUGACUACUCUUCAAUCCCGGUAACUCUGACCAGCCUUCUGCCUUGCUACUACGUAUUUGGAUUUCCCUUGAACUGUACUGCUGCCUUGUUUCAUUCCGCCCUGUUGUGUCUGUGUCUCCCCCCCCCAGGACUUCUGGACCACCCACCACCGGCUUCAUAGGACGCAUCGCUGCCACUGGGGGGGGCACAGACCCAGCACAUUGGACGGGAUCCCUGUUACCCCUGGAGCCUUCAUUCACUCCCUACUUCCCUUUUCCCUUAAGUUUUAAUAAACUUUCUGGUGUGACGCAAUUGUGGUCCUCUGGUCGUCUGUCUGAACCGUGACAGUUUGACCAAAUACUUAUUUUCCACCAUAAAUUUUUAAUAAAUUCAUUAAAAAUCCUACAAUGUGAUUUUCUGGAUUUUUUUUCCUCAUUUUGUCUGUCAUAGUUGACGUGUACCUAUGAUGAAAAUUACAGGCCUCUCUCAUCUUUUUAAGUGGGAUAACUUGCACAAUUGGUGGCUGACUAAAUACUUUUUUCCCCCACUGUAUGUUUCUGCUUAUAAUUUCCAACAUUUUGUUAUGCUAUUUGUUAGUCAACAUGUCUAUAAUUAGAUACAUGUAGCUUCUCUUCUGUCAUUGUAUGUUGCCCUAGAAGACUAAAUAAUCCCUCGCUCACCAGAUUGUCAUAAAUCGAUAGAAGGAAUGCUUCAAUCUAGUUUACAUCGGUAAAGUUUUCUCUGUCAGCUGGAUGAGCUUUUUGUAGUGUUGUUUUUGAUCAACUUCACCCCUGAUUCAGAGGGGUUGGGUUAAAUGCGGAAGACACAUUUCGGUUGAAGGCAUUCAGUUGUGCAACUGACUAGGUAUCCCCUUUUCACUUUCGCGAAGCAAAGACGUUUAGGAACCGGCAAGAAAAUGCAAUAACAAAAAACAAAAAACGGGAACGAUUUUCUGUGCAAAUUCAGUUUGACCGGUUGUAAGGAAAUAGAAAGCUGUGAAAACGACCCAUUAUUUUCUGAUAAGAUUUCAGUGGGCCUUGGAUGCAUAUUUUAUGUGGUUGAAAUACUAUCAGCGCUUAUGAUGCUGAUAAAGAUAGCACCUCACAGACGGUAUCUAACUGAGCAUUCACAUUCUUUCAAGAUGUUCCCGAGUAAAAAUGUUGCCUACAUUUGGUGUAUCAUUUUACUGCAAGAAGUCCUUAAUUUUGCAGGAGUUAAUAUUAAGGCUAUGUGAGAGGUUAUAGACCUACAGUCUAUAUAGAUUUCAGUUUCCAUUUAACCCAUCUGAACAGUAGACAUCUUGAACUUCCCUAUUUGCAGUCCCCAUCCUGUGACUGUUGAAUUUGUAUAUCGCCUCACAAUCAUCACACAUAACAUACUGCUAUCAUCCUCUUUUACCACUUCACCAGCUCUUUCCCAAACAUUACUUUUCUGGCCCUCCCUUCUCUUUAUUUUCAACUCUCCAUUUUGCAGUUUUUCUCUUAUUGAAUUAAACUCCGACAUUGUUAUUUUUGCCUCCGUGGAUUGACGUUAACUUUUUCUGCCCGUUCCCAAAAGCAUUUGGCGAUUGGCGUGUAGGCUAUUUGGCACGCGUACAGUUAGGCCGUAAAGUUUAGGCUUACGUACUGCCAGUUAGCCUAAAAUAAUGAAAGAAAAUCCUCAAAGUAGCCUAUAGAUAGAUAUAAAUUGCACAAGAACGAUACAGUUAUAAAUUUUUUAAGGUAUUGUUGUUUUGUCUUUAUUCAACCCACUAGACACCCACCUGCCCUUCAUCCACACUUUAUUUAAUGACCGUGCAUCACUAAUGUAAGUGCACACACACAUGCACGCACACGUAGUUGCAUGUAUACUAAUGCUGAGCUGAUCCAUCUUCAUGCAGAGUUGAGACAGAAAAGGAGGAGAAGAAGAAGAAGAGGAGGAGGAUUAUAGCUUUAAUAGACUAGUAGGGCGAACAGGGUCAAACCCUUUAGCCUCUUCCCCUCCCCCUCUAUCCUUGACCCCUGUCUCCGCAGUCAGGGUUAGGUAUGACUGAGACAGAGAGACAGAAGAGGAAAUCCUCUGUUUAGAGCAGAUCACAAUGCUUCUUCCUUUCCUCUACUCCUCCCGUCAUUCACCCUCAUUCACCCCCAUCCACCCCCUUCCCUUUCUCCUUCUUUCUCUCCCUCCCUCCCCUCCCUCCCCUAGUGAUCAGGGUGUAGUUCUAAUUCUGCCUGCCUGGGUCUAAAGCCCUGUAUAGUGCCACUAGAGUUUCAGAGAGUCCUCUAACUGGCAGCACCAAAAUUAACCACAAAGCCAAUCAAACAGGCGCAGGCUGUAAUCUCGCUCAUACACGCUCACACACACACACACGCUCGCACACGCACACACGCACACACACACGCACACAGACACCCACACACCUAUAGACCUGCGGUUGGCAAUUGCCCAUAUUGUUGUAAGUAGAUUAAAAGUUGGAUAUUGGAAACAUAAUUGUGUGUAAACAGCUUUCUUCCCCUCUCCCUCUCCCGUUCUCUUACUGUGCACUCGCUCUCUUUCUCUCUCUCCCGCUCUCUCUCGAAUGUGUUCUGUGGGUUCUCUCUCAGUCUAGAGGAGAGAAGUGCGUAACAGAAUCUGAUAAGACUAAUAGAAACUUUCCACUGAGCACCACCACCAUACUGCUCGUAAAACCACCCACGUCCCUCUUCCCUCCUCCCUCCAUUCUCUCCUCUGUCUCUCUCUCCAUCCUUCUCCUAUAUCUCUCCUAUUCCCGGCCGUCUCUGGAUGUGACCCCAUGAAAGACCUUUUAACUGACUCUCUAUUUAAUUCACUCAAGUCCAGCUGGGCUCUCGCCAACAGCCCUGCCCACCACCUCUCCCUCGCUCUCACUCACUUUGGGGGGGAUGGUGUAAAGAGAAUGCCUACAUACCAGGCUGCUGUCAUAGAGAUGGCAUGGUGGGCAGGAUAAUACAGGACUGGCAUCUCAGCCAGAUCGCUCAAGAUUGACUUCGAAAUUGGCCGUCUGUCCAUGUCCUGAGGACAUCGGGAAAUGCCUUCAAAACCGGCCACUAGGGGCAACAGUGAGCGUUAUUACCAUCAAAUAGGUUUGGGUUUUGCUAGGGCGUCGUGGACGGGGGUGGCAGAUGGGCUUAAUCCCAUGACUCCAUAGCCGAAGGUCGUGUGUUCAAUCCCAGUGGUAGACACUCAUUUUUAAUUUUAAGCCUAUCCCUAACCUUAACCCUUAAGUUAACCAGUCGGAGUGAAUGCCUAAACUUAAUGUUUAACCCUAUCCAAAAACAUGAACUCUUAACUUGACCAUUCAGAACAAUGCAGAGCAAGAGGAGCAACCCAAUUUGAAGUUUGACAUUUGGAGAAACGUGGAUAAACGUUAAAAUAUGAAGUUAAAUUGAUAAAACAGUAAGAUCUUGUUGGGCAUCUACUGGGCAGAGAGAGGGUGAAGGGAGAGAGAGAGAGAGAGAGGGGACACAGCACGGACAGAGAGCCUUUUAUAAACAGGCAUUCAAGGCAGAGAGGAGAGUGUCCGACAACAGCUUCUCCUCUUUAUCCCACUGCUGCCCCCCUCUCUCUCCCUCUCUCCUCUUCUGUUUUUUUUUGUGUCCCCCUCUUGAGCUUCCCAGCUCUUUGAGUGGUUUAGGUGGGUUAGUAGAGGUCAGUGUGUGUGUGUUUCCCACGUUUGUUAAGCCCAUGACCUCCUUUCACUCCUCCUCAUUAGCAUGUGAAUCCCCCCUCCCACGAGGACCAGGCAAGUAUGACGGGAGAGAGAAAGAGAGCGAGUGAAAGAGGGAGAGAGUCCUCAGAAUGGGCUUGGCUGUUUACCAUAUGGAUCUCUGGAAGUCUCACAGGGUGUGUGUAUCGAAAGUAAGCUCAACAGAGCAUUAAGAUAACUAUCUACAUGUGUGACAGAGACCUUGCCUGGCUACCCAGACUCCUUGCUUUGGCCAAACGCAAUGCCAUGCCCAUUAGUUUCUUCUCCUCGAUGAGUCUGGAUCUGAGUGCAGGUUGGCAUCUAUUGUCAUGAAUCUUGCCCUGUAGGCAGCUCUGUAGAGUGGUCACUAGCUGGCACAGCCACAAAGUCAUUUUUACAUUUUAGUAAUUUAGCAGACGCUCUUAUCCAGAGCGACUUACAGUUAGUGAGUGCAUACAUUUUUCAUACUGGCCCCCCGUGGGAAACGAACCCACAACCCUGGCGUUGCAAGCGCCAUGCUCUACCAACUGAGCUACAGGGGACCUAUAACAUAUAACAGUCAUAACAUCUGAUUUUAAACCUAACCUUAACCAUAAUCUUAAAGGAAAAUUCCCCCCCAAAACUGUAUUUUGGUAUUUAUUUCAUCAGGUUUUCAAGAUAUAUAACAUUCAAAAUACAGAAAUACAGCCAGUAUGAUGCAUUUUGCAUCAUAUGAUGUUGCGUUUUGCGUCAUAAGGUGCUGCAUCAUACCAGCAGUAUUUCUGUAUUUUGAAAGUUAUAUAUAUAUAUGAAAGUUAUAUAUAUCUUUAAUGUAGAACAUUGUGGGACUAUAUCAACAAUGGACUAAUGAAACAAAUACCAAAAGAUAGUUCCUGGGUGGAGUUUUCCGUUAACCACACUGCUAACCGUAAUGCCUAACCCUAACCUUAAAUUAGGACCAAAAUGCAAAUGUUUUACUAUAUAGCCAAUUUUUUAUUUGCAGCUGAGCCCAUAUAGCGGAAAUCGCUCAGUUCUGCCUUCAGGGCAAGAUUCAUGACAAUAAACAUCAACCUGCGAUCUGAGUACCUCCCCGACCCUUCGCCGAAUGCGAACACAUUUGGGGCCGUCUGAUUGGUCCAAGAACCGAUGGGUUGGGCCAGAGCCAGAACACACGUGGGUAAAGCGGCAGUUUGAAAAUCCAUCAUUUGCUUUGAUACUCUGAUUGGUUAGAGACGAUGUAAUCGCUGAUGACUUUAUUUUGUACAACGCCCCUCGUGCCACUCGUCACAACAAACGACUUCAAUGAUGCAGUCUAAGACUAAAGUAUGUAGCGAACGACAGAGCAGCAGAAUAAUUUAGUGAGUCGUUAAGGCUAAGAGCGACGCCCACUCUCAGUUUUUGCAGAUUACCUCUCUGUCUACUGCCCUGGACCAUUCAGCUGACUAUAGAGACAAAGAGUGGAGGGAGAGAAAGAACGAGGGAGAAGGAGGGAAAGAGACACUAUAACGGACAGAGUAGACUGACAGACUGUACAACUCUACGUUUUCUAAACGAGCUAACUGUAAUAAUAAUAUGCCAUUUAGCAGACGCUUUUAUCCAAAGCGACUUACAGUCAUGCGUGCAUAAUUUUUUUUGUGUAUGGUUGGUCCCGGGGAUCGAACCCACUACCUUGGCGUUACAAGCGCCGUGCUCUACCAGCUGAGCUACAGAAGACCACUCUAGUAGUACUCCUCUCCACUCAUCCAUUUAAUGGGUUUAGGUCAACCCAAACACUAUAUAGAAAAGCAGUACAGUAAAAUAUCAACAGGAGGUUGUUGAGGAUGUAAACAAAUGGUUUAAUGAAUGUCCUGAUAACCACUAAUCAGCACACACUGUGUACCAGGUAGAGUAGUCUUCUCUCCACAGGUCACGGUAAGUUGACUGUGUGUUGCGUGCUCAGGUGUAUGGGUCUGAGAGUUGCCCCAGGUGUGUGUUGACCUGUGUGUGUGUGUGUGUGUGUGUGCAGUCAUGCUGCCAGGCCUGGUUCUCCACCGGUCCUCAGUGCGUCCAUACCAGCGUGGAUUUUACUGCAGCGACGUCAGUCUGCGUUACUCCUACAAGAGCUCCACCAUCCCCUCGUCCGUUCUCACUGCUGUGGGGCUCAUUGUGCCCAGUGUGGCCGUAAGUCUGCCCCACCACGGAGCACUGCCUGGGGAAGGCUGGGAGGAGAGAGAGGGUACGCCUGGAGGUCUAGAGGUCUGCAUGGUCAACUGGGUCAGACAGAGUGACCAUAUUAGAUUAAAGAUUUAAACAUUGGUUUAGGUUUGGAGUUAACUGGGUGGUGAUUCAAUGACUAUCUCUGGCUGAUUUGAGCUCCACCAACUGUCACUCUUCUACACUCAGAAGACCAUGUUGGACCAACCUCUGUUUCUCUCUCCUCCUUUGCUAUCCCAUGUUCCCCUGGUGCAAACCGCCCUGCCCCUUCCCUCGACCUCCCGUUUGUGUCCAUGUCACUAACCUUAUGUCUCUCUCCCUCCCUCCCUCUCUAUCUCCCCCCCUCUCUCUCUCUCUCUCUCCUCUCUCUCUCUCUCUCUCUCUCUCCUCUCUCUCUCUCUCUCUCUCUCUCUCCCUCUCUCUCUCCCCCCCUAUCUCCCCCCCCCCCCUCUCUCUCUCUCUCUCUGUGCAGCUGGCCUGCCCUUCCUGAUAAUAGAGUCUAGCACCAUACGGCCGUACCAGAGAGGUUUUUACUGUUCUGACGAGUCCAUCCGGUACCCAUAUAAAAAUGGAGACACUAUCAGCGAUGCUGUGCUCUGUGCUGCUGGCAUUCUUAUUGCCAUCCUCUCUGUAAGUCUACCUCUCUUACUAUCUCUCCUUUUCCCUCACUUCAUACUCCAUACUCAUCCCUUCCUGUCUGUCUGUCUGUCUGUGUGUGUGUCUGUCUGUCUGUGUGUCUGUCUGUCUGUCUGUCUGUCUGUCUGUCUGUCUGUGUGUCUGUCUGUCUGUCUGUUUGUGUUGUUUCAUGUGUUGUCUGCUCUGUGUGAAGUAAUUUUCCAUCGCCAUACCAGCAUUGGCUCCAGACUGUUUCCAUUCUUCUGAUGAGCAAGGGAGGGUGUGUGUGUGUGUGUGUGUGUGUUUGCGCUUGUGUGUGUGAACCACACACUCCUGGUUUGAGCUGUUGAUGUGAUACAUUACAUUCCCAUGCCCAUUGUUGCCUGCCCUCUAGGUUUGGUGCCCCCAGUGCCCACACACACCGAACACACACACCAGACACACCCCGCACUGUCCUAGCCUCCUCUACUAUAUGAGACCCCAGACUGUACACUGUUGGCGUCUGCCCUCAUGGUGGUACAAUCUAGCUACCAGCUCAGCGCUUCUGCUUAUUCAAACCAGGAGUGUGUGUGUGUGUGUGCGUUCUCACAGCUCAUGGUGUAAGCUGGCAGAUUUCACACAUCUGUAUAUCAUUAGUGGUGUCUCCUCUGAAUCUGACACCAGUCCCACUCGGACACACACACAGGCAGACACACACACACACACACACACACACACACACAGUCUUGUACAGCUAACCUUGUGGGAACACACAAUUCAGUCCCAUUCAAAAUCCUAUUUUCCCUAACCCUAAACGUAAUUGUAACACUAAUUCUAACCUUAACAAAAUGUCCCCAGUUGGUCAAAUUUGAGAGAGAGAGAGAGAGAGAGAGAGAGAGAGAGAGAGAGAGAGAGAGAGAGAGAGAGAGAGAGAGAGAGAGAGAGAGAGAGAGAGAGAGAGAGAGAGAGUUACAGUAAAUCUCUAGCUGUCUCAGAGGAGGGCAAAUCAAUAUUAUCUGAGUGGAGGACAGAUAUAGUGAGAGGGUGGGUGUGGGUGGGUGGGUGUUACAUAGAGGGCUGUGUGUGGGCAUUCAGAGUUCCAAGGGGUCCGCAAGGGGAUGGCAUGCCCCUGUGUCUCUUGGGGGGGGGGGGUAAUCUGUACCCCACCCCUGCUAGAACAGCAGCUCUAGUGUUACAACAUCACUGCAGGACUGUAUGAGACCGAGUUAACCCACUGAGCUAAGGCCAGAGCCAUAGAUAUAAGCUCUGUUAUCUCUAUCUAUCUCUGUUAGAGGUGUCAUCUGUCCAUCUCAUCCCCUCCUCCAUCCCUCCAUCAGCUCCUCUGUUAUUAAAGCCUCGUCAUUAGUUAUCAUAACAGUGGUGCCUGAGGGAACGGCAGGCCAUGCUCACUCUGUCCAUCUCUCCAUCUCUCUAUUAUCUAUUCAUCAUCCUCACUGUCUCUGUCUCUCCACCUUGUCUCCAUCCUCCCUGUUUUAUCCAUGUCUUCACUUACUCAACAUGAGAAUGAUUAACUAUACAUUGUCACUGUGUGCAUGUGUGUGUUUGACCUAACUGCAUGGGAGUUGACAAUAUCACUCCUCGGAGCCUCAUCAAGAGUUUGUUUGUAAUGUUCAAUUCCUUUCACCUUUUCAUUCCAAAUCCUCCUCUCAUCUCCUCUCCUCUUCCCUCCUCUCUCCUCCUGUCCCCUCUCCUCUAUAUAGAUUGUUAUGGGAGAGUGUUACAGGAUUCACCAACGAAUGGAGGGAUCUAAGUCUUUCAUUGGAAACCCUUAUGUCUCAUCUCUCUACAAACAGGUGAGUACCAGUAGAGGUGUGGGAGGGUAGAAACGGACCAUAAAUGAUACAUUUCAACAUUUGUAUUGUUUUCAUGCUAAUAGUUAUACAUGAUGGUACUAAUGGUUGUUUGCAUCCUCCAGGUUGGAGUGUUUAUAUUUGGCUGUGCCAUCAGCCAGUCCUUCACAGACAUUGCCAAGGUGUCAGUGGGCAGGAUGAGACCUCAUUUCCUGGACGUGUGUAAUCCUGACUGGUCAGCCAUCAAUUGUUCCCUCGGGUACAUCACCUCCUACACCUGUAAUGGCCCUGAGAGCAAAGUACAGGAGGCCAGGUCAGUAGAAACACACACACGACACACACCAGACACUGAGUCCUAGCCCCCUCUACUAUGUGAUACCCCAGACUGUGCUCUGUUGGCAUCUGCCCUCAUGGUGGUACACAUGUAUGUUUGUUUUUCAGGAAAUCCUUCUUCUCUGGACAUGCCUCCUUCUCUAUGUUUACUAUGCUCUACCUGGCUGUGAGUAACACACACACACACACACACACACACACACACACACACACACACAAACAAUGGAGUGCAGAUGACAGAGGGCAUUAUGGGAAGUAAGUUUAUUGAGCUGCAGGAUUAAUCUGCCCAGUAAAAAAUACCUUUGUUCUCCCUCUACCCCUCUGUCCACCCCCUCAGUCCCUCUAUCCCCCCUCCCUCUAACCCCUCAUUGCGCUCUGUCUCUCUGUCUCUCUCUCUCUCCCUCUCUCCCUCCUUCCUGCUCAUAGUUUAGUCAGACACUCUGAAGUCAUAUUCUCUUUUCCUUUCCAUGGAUGGAUGGAUGAUGGAUGGAUGGAUGGAUGUACUCCACCUGUUUUCCGCUUAACAGCUGAACACACUUCCUCUCUCCUUCUCUCUCUCUCUCUCCCUCUUCUCCUUCUAUGACGGAUGUGAACCCUACCUCUACUCUGCCUGCUAGACUAUCUCCUUCAGCCUAGCUGUCUCGUCUCCAUCUCUCUCCUUCUCCGUCUCUCCUCUGCUACGCCUCGUCCGCUCAUACACACUUCCUUAUCCUUCUCUCUCUUUUUCCUCCUCCUAGCCCUCUCCUCCUUCUCUCUCUCUCUCCCUUCCUCUCUCCUUCUCUCGCUCUCUCCCUUCCUCAUCUCCUUCUCUCCUCUCUCCCUUCCUCUCUCCUUCUCUCUAUGUAUCCCUUCCUCUCUCCUUCUCUCUCUCUCCCUUCCUCUCUCCACCUGUUGUGGUUUAUUGAUCAGUCUUCGUGCCCCAGGGGGCCUCCAUGCUUCCAACACACUAAUUAGUAUUACAUCCACCCACCCCCCCUCCCCCCCAUCUCUUUGUCUCUCCCUCCCCUCUUUACCCCCGCCAUCUCUCGUUCCCUCUUCCACUCUAUUAAGAAUGCAGAUAUUUCCACAACUAUGCUCACUACUGACCCAGUGUGACUCAGUCAGUGUUUUGGACUGGGCUGGGAUAGGCUUAGCUUGGCUGAGCUGGGUUGUACAGGCUUUUGGGUGUGCAUGGUUGGCCCAUGCUUCCUGGAGUAUUGUGUGGUAUUUUGUGGUGAGCUCUGGAUAUAUCCCUGCCUCUCUCUGACAGCCUCUCGGUUAGAAUGGAGUGUAAAAGAGGGAGAGAAGGAGAGAGGUGGUGCUUUCAGACUGCAGGCUUGAUAUUUAAACCACAAACAGAGAGGGAAGAGAGCGAGGAGAGAAUAGCCAACUCUCCUAGGAAAUAUAAACUGACCAACAAGUCAGUUUGUACAGUACUCACACACACAGCGACACUCGCAUCAGCACACACUCCGAGGAUUCUGUUUUUCAAAUAGAGGGCUAGUAAACAAUAUUACAGGCAUUCUGUGGUGGUGCAGAAUGAUGGCAGGAAAUCUCUUUCUCUCUCUAUCUCUUUCUCGGUUGUAUGUUUUAUAUCUGUCCCAGAGUGAUUAUGGGAGUUAGAGAGAAAGCGUCUCUCUUCUUGAGUACAAUUCUCUAAGAAACCACUAAACUUGGGAGUUUAGAGAAUUUGUUUUGUGUUUGUGUCCUGAGAAAUAAAUAAAUAAAAACAUUUAUCUUACUCACACGGAAGCCUGUAUCUCUCUAGGACCAGGAAUGGAACUCCAGCCUGUAUCUCUCUAGGACCAGGACUGGAACUCCAGCCUGUAUCUCUCUAGGACCAGGAAUGGAACUCCAGCCUGUAUCUCUCUAGGACCAGGACUGGAACUCCAGCCUGUAUCUCUCUAGGACCAGGAAUGGAACUACAGCCUGUAUCUCUCUAGGACCAGGAAUGGAACUCCAGCCUGUAUCUCUCUAGGACCAGGAAUGGAACUCCAGCCUGUAUCUCUCUAGGACCAGGACUGGAACUACAGCCUGUAUCUCUCUAGGACCAGGAAUGGAACUCCAGCCUGUAUCUCUCUAGGACCAGGACUGGAACUACAGCCUGUAUCUCUCUAGGACCAGGACUGGAACUACAGCCUGUAUCUCUCUAGGACCAGGACUGGAACUACAGUCUGUAUCUCUCUAGGACCAGGACUGGAACUACAGCCUGUAGUGCUCUAGGACCAGGACUGGAACUACAGCCUGUAGUUCUCUAGGACCAGGACUGCCCUUGCCACCGCUACAGUAGGCCUAGUAAACAUCAUGGCUGACAAGGACAGACAUUCCUGUCUUACUCUCUUCUUUUUGCCUGGUCUCCACCUUUUCCCUCCUUCCCUUCACCUUUCCCCCCUGGACCUGCGGACAGGGGCGGACUUAGUGACUUGUCUGAUAAUCAAUUGUUAAUUGAUUUCUGGCUGGGCAAAUAAGUGGAGGUGGUAGCUCAUUUUUCUUGUUUGCUCAUCACUGAUCAGAAACAUUUAGCAUGCAAUAAUGUAAUCAAUUGUAUAAUUUUCCUCUUGACUCUUGUAUAGGCUAUAGUAGCCUUAUAUAAUCUAUCCACCAUCGAGCUGUGAGAGCGCGUCCUGUUUUAUCUGUCUUAACGUAACUUACUUCAAUAUAUCUCAAUCAAUCAUUCAUUCAUGUCAUUACACAGCAUACGAGUCAUUCAUGCCUUUAAAUAGGUGGCUAUUAGAAAAAUGUGGAUUAUAUUAAUAUUGAUAUGUAUAGAAAUAAAUAAUUGAUCUAUGAUGAAUUAUUAUUCGUCUGUAUGGGAGCGGGGCCUCGUGCGGAGAAAUUAUUAUUAUUAUAUAUAUAUAUUAUUACUAGUUUUAAUUUUUUUAUGCCCAGUUCACGAAGUCCCAGAUGAUGUCAGGCCCGAGGCAAUUGACUCUUCUGCCUAAUGGUAAGUCUGCCACUGCCUGUGGAAGCCAGAACUCUAAACAUCCCUGAGAGGAGAGAGAGUGCGAGGGAUGGGAGGGUUCCUUCCUCUCCUUCCUCGAAGACAACAAUAAUGAUGAGCUUGUCUUCCAGGAAGAGCCAGUCAGCCUCCUCCAUACCUUCCUCUGGGAAUCCAUGGCCUUAUGGGGGAGGAGCGGGAGUUAGGCAGGGCUAUUGUUAGGUCUGCUUAUUAGGACUUGGUGAGAGUGGAUGGGUGAGAGAGGCUGGCGGAGGCUGCCCCACCCAGUCUCUGGGUAUAUGAAGCAGGAAGUAUAGGUCUAAGUCUGAGGGGAGAGGAAGAAACACAGGAAGUCCAAGGGUGAGGAGAAGAGAGAACACAGUCCCUGUCAUCUGUCAUCGUACUUCUUAAAGACACUCAUCUCAGUAAUAUACCACAAUAUAUUUCACACUUAUUCCCUUUUACCAAGGAAUUUCUCCUGAUGAAAUACAUAUCUACAUGUCUGCUUCAGAUGUGAUGUAUGUUUGCUAUAAAUCUGCCUGUGUAAGAUCAAACACAUACUGCUCAAUGUCUUUCUGUGGCCGUGCAUUCAAAUAAUAAUCAAUUUCACUCUCUCUUUCUCUCCCUUUCUUUCUCCCUCUAUCCAUCCCUCAAUCAGUUCUAUCUCCAGUCCAGGUUCACGUGGCGAGGUGCCCGGUUGCUCCGCCCCCUCGUCCAGUUCACGCUGCUGAUGAUGGCAUUCUAUACCGGCCUAUCACGCGUCUCCGACCACAAGCACCACCCCACAGACGUACUGGCCGGCUUUGUACAGGGCGCCCUGGUGGCCUACUGCAUAGUGAGUACACACAAAGACAAACACAAACACACACACAUUUAAUCCUGGUCCUGUGGACCCAAAGGGGUGCACAUUUUUUGUUUUUGCCCUAGCACUACACCUGAUUCCACUCAAGCCCAGUUCCAAAGGCUUGAUUAGUUGAUUAUUUGAAUCAGGUGUGUAGUGCUAGGGCAAAACCUUUGGGUCCCCAGAACCAGAACUAAGAAACGCUGGCCUACUGCAUGGUGAGUCACUGUUAGUCAUCUAUUGUAUUGUGACUGUAAGGGUUAGGGUUAGAGGUCAGAGGUCAGAGGUCAGGGUUAGUCUGUUGUGAGUCAGGGCAGAUCAGGUAAUCAGAGAUAUCAGGCAUGAGAGAGAGAGAAUGUAUUGAGACUCCAAGACAUUCUCCAGACCUACUCCCCUACUUUUUCUCUCUCUCAACUCCGCCUCUCCUCUUUGCCCUCUCACUCUCUCUUUCGGUCUUUCUACCUCUCUCUCUCUCGCUCUCUCUCUCUCUCUCUCUCUCUCUCUCUCUCUGUCUUUCUACCCCCCUCUCUCUCUUUUUCUUUCUCUCGCUCUCUCUCUACCUCCCUCUCCACCCCUCUGUGAAAUAAAGCAGGCUCCGAAGUGAAGAGAAUCUGAUUCCCUUUAAUGAAUAGCACAUUGCCUGGAGCCAGCUCCCCAGGAGAGAGAUUGUGUGUGUGUGAGAGAGAGAGGGAGAGGUAACCAUCAUAGCUUUACUGUAACAAACUGUAACCAUCAUAGCUUUACUAAGCCGUAUGUUGCCAAGGAAAAUUACAUUUGGGUGAGGGGAAAAGAGAGAGAGAGAGAGAGAUGGGGGAGAUUGGUCUUUGAAACAAAAAUGAGGUUGUUAAUUUUUUUUUAUUAAUUUUUUAUUUGGCUGCUCUGGUUUUAUCACCUCAGCAUGACACACACACACACACACACACAUACACACACACACACACACACACACACCCACACACACUCCUACCUUGCCCUCAUUCAGUUCAGGAAUGGAAAUGGUUAGAUUCAUAAAGUGAGAGAAGCCAUGGUGGCGCCUAGGCUCAGCUACUGACAUAUCUCUGGCACUGCCACACACACCACUCUGGGAACCUUUAUAAACACACACAUAUUGCCAGGGCUGGGCAGGGGUACUGACAGCGCCCCUUUUUUAGAACGUUUCUACCAGGCUGAACUUAGAGAACCUGCCCAAAACUCCACUGGGUAGGAGAGGUUGUAGGAGGUUGUAGGAGAGGUUCUGAUCCAAUCAAAACUCUGUUAGCUGUUCUUAUUGCCCUGUCAGCAUUGUCAGUCAUCAAUCAUCUGGAACAAUAUAAACGUUAAUAAGAGAAACAUCAACAUCUACUGAAAUGAGUUCACUCUUAGAAAAAAAGGUGCUAUCUAGAACCAAAAAGGGUUAUUCGGCUGUCCCCAUAGGAGAACCCUUUAAAGAACACCUUUUGGUUCCAGGUAGAACCCUUUUGGGUUCCAUGUAGAACCCUUUCCACAGAGGGUUCUACAUGGAUCCCAAAAGUGUUCUACCUGGAACCAGAAAGGGUUCUCCUAUGGGGACAGCCGCAGAACCCUUUAGGAACCCUUUUUUGUAAGAGUGUACGUAUGAGAGGACAGAGGGAGGAGAGAGGGAAGAGGAGAGAAGGACAGAAGGGGAGGAGAGGAGAAGUUUUCUUAGCUUUGUGUAUAUGUGUAUUUCAUAGAGAACUCGGCUAUUCUUCAGAGCGACAGCCAAGAUACCUGCACACACAUACACACACACACCGCUGCAGAUCGCGGUUAUGGGCUUAGCUAGUUUAACAACACUGCUGCCUUCUCCAGUCAGGGUAGAAACACAGAAACAUCUGGGAUCAUUUUAGAGGUGCUGUUAAGAGAGGGGGAGGAGAGGGAGGGAGAUGAGUGGGAUUCAAACACUUUAGAGGUAUUUAACCCUCUCAAUAAGCUACAGUGAAGAGAUGAAGGUACCUGCGUGUUCAUACCACUAUCACCCACUCUUUCACCCACUGGCCUUUUCUGAUGUCUGAAGAACUUCUAUAGAAGCACACAGACAUGUCAGGCCUCUUUAUACACUGAGUGUACAAAACAUUAGGAACACCUUCCUAAUGUUGAGUUGCACCCACCACACACCCCUUUUGCCCUCAGAACAGCCGCAAUUCGUUUGGGAAUGUACUCAACAAUGUGUCGAAAGCGUUCCACAGGGAUGUUGGCCCAUGUUGACUCCAAUGCUUCCCACAGUUGUGUCAAGUUGACUGGAUCUCCUUUGGGUGCUGGACCAUUCUUGAUACACACAGAAAACUGUAGAGUGUGAAACACCCAGCAGCGCUGCAGUUCUUGACACACUCAAACCUGUGCGCCUGUCACCUGCUACCAUACCCCGUUCAAAGGCACUUCAAUAUAUUGUCUUGCCCAUUCACCCUCUGAAUGACACACAUACACAAUCCAUGUCUCAAUUGUCUCAUGGUUUAAAAAUCCUUCUUUAACCUGUCUCCUCCCCUUCAUCUACACUGACUGAAGUGGAUUUAACAAGUGACAUCAAUAUGGGAUCAUAGCUUUCACCUGGAUUCACCUGGUCAGUCUAUGUCCUUCAAACUCAACUCUAAGCCAGUUCCAUUGCAUUUUUUCACUGCUCCCCUCUAAUCAGGGACUGAUUUAUACCUGGGAGACCAGGUGUGUGCAAUGUCCGCGCCCCUACCAAAAUUGAUGUUUUUUUUUGUUUUUAGGGGGUAGAUCAGCUUUAAUAUUUCAGAUAAAUUGUAACUUCCAUCAAUGUAAUUGUGUGCAUCACUUCCAAUCCCCCAUAUGUUUUUUUUCUCUCACAAAUAUAUAUACACUGCUCAAAAAAAUAAAGGGAACACUUAAACAACACAUCCUAGAUCUGAAUGAAUGAAAUAAUCUUAUUAAAUACUUUUUUCUUUACAUAGUUGAAUGUGCUGACAACAAAAUCACACAAAAAUUAUCCAUGGAAAUCAAAUUUAUCAACCCAUGGAGGUCUGGAUUUGGAGUCACCCUCAAAAUUAAAGUGGAAAAUCACACUACAGGCUGAUCCAACUUUGAUGUAAUGUCCUUAAAACAAGUCAAAAUGAGGCUCAGUAGUGUGUGUGGCCUCCACGUGCCUGUAUGACCUCCCUACAACGCCUGGGCAUGCUCCUGAUGAGGUGGCGGAUGGUCUCCUGAGGGAUCUCCUCCCAGACCUGGACUAAAGCAUCCGCCAACUCCUGGAUAGUCUGUGGUGCAACAUGGCGUUGGUGGAUGGAGCGAGACAUGAUGUCCCAGAAGUGCUCAAUUGGAUUCAGGUCUGGGGAACAGGCGGGCCAGUCCAUAGCAUCAAUGCCUUCCUCUUGCAGGAACUGCUGACACACUCCAGCCACAUGAGGUCUAGCAUUGUCUUGCAUUAGGAGGAACCCAGGGCCAACCGCACCAGCAUAUGGUCUCACAAGGGGUCUGAGGAUCUCAUCUCGGUACCUAAUGGCAGUCAGGCUACCUCUGGCGAGCACAUGGAGGGCUGAGCGGCCCCCCAAAGAAAUGCCACCCCACACCAUGACUGACACACCGCCAAACCGGUCAUGCUGGAUGAUGUUGCAGGCAGCAGAACAUUCUCCACGGCGUCUCCAGACUCUGUCACGUCUGUCACAUGUGCUCAGUGUGAACCUGCUUUCAUCUGUGAAGAGCACAGGGCGCCAGUGGCGAAUUUGCCAAUCUUGGUGUUCUCUGGCAAAUGCCAAACGUCCUGCACGGUGUUGGGCUGUAAGCACAACCCCCACCUGUGGACGUCGUGCCCUCAUACCACCCUCAUGGAGUCUGUUUCUGACAGUUUGAGCAGACACAUGCACAUUUGUGGCCUGCUGGAGGUCAUUUUGCAGGGCUCUGGCAGUGCUCCUCCUGCUCCUCCUUGCACAAAGUCGGAGGUAGCGGUCCUGCUGCUGGGUUGUUGCCCUCCUACGGCCUCCUCCACGUCUCCUGAUGUACUGGCCUGUCUCCUGGUAGCGCCUCCAUGCUCUGGACACUACGCUGACAGACACAGCAAACCUUCUUGCCACAGCUCGCAUUGAUGUGCCAUCCUGGAUGAGCUGCACUACCUGAGUCACUUGUGUGGGUUGUAGACUCCGUCUCAUGCUACUACUAGAGUGAAAGCACCGCCAGCAUUCAAAAGUGACCAAAACAUCAGCCAGGAAGCAUAGGAACUGAGAAGUGGUCUGUGGUCACCACCUGCAGAACCAUUUCGUCUAUUCCAUUUGCACAACAGAAUGUGACAUUUAUUGUCAAUCAGUGUUGCUUCCUAAGUGGACAGUUUGAUUUCACAGAAGUGUGAUUGACUUGGAGUUACAUUGUGUUGUUUAAGUGUUCCCUUUAUUUUUUGGAGCAGUGUAUAUAUAUAUAUAUAUAUAUAUAUAUAUAUAUAUAUAUAUAUAUAUAUAUAUAAAUACAUAUACAUAUCCUUUAAAAAUAUAUAUCUCCCUUUAUUACUUUUCAACCCCACCACCCCUUCCCUAAUUGGAGUAAACUAGUGAACAACAAUGCUAAGGCCUCUACUUCCAGCUUAUACAUACUAUAGACAUUUUAUGGACACAGUCAAUUUUACAAUAAUUCUAUUUUGUUUGUUUUUACUCCUGAACUUCCUCUACCCUCAACCUCUCCGAUCAUUUUCAUGAUGUCCAUCCGGUUUGCUUCUAUAAGCCAUAUCUUUCUAACUGUGUUCUUUCACAAAAGCUCUCAACCUAUAACCUAUAUACUUAUUAUUGACACAGUAUUCUUUACAUUAGUUAUCUUGUUGUUAUUAGUUGUUGUUAGUUGUUAUUAGUCCCAUCCUUCAACUUCAUUCAACACCUCCCAUCUAUCUCUUAACACCAUCCAUAUUGGAUUUCUAUUUGCCAUAUAUUUUUCAACUGUACUGUGAUGUUUCACAAAAGUUCUGAACCCUUCUAUGCUCAUUGUUUCUACAGAUUGUCUAUUUAAAAUAAACAUUUUUGCUAAAAGUAUUAUUAUAUUAUUGAUCGAUUGACUAUGACUUUUCAGAUCACCCAGUAGUGCUAUCUGCAGGGUUAGCUCCAGGUAAUUAUUGCAAUCCUUCAGCCAUUCCUGGGCCUGUGUCCAAAAACAAGCUACAAAUGGACAGUACCAAAACAAAUGAUCUAACGAUUCCCUCUUUGCAGCAAAAUCUGCAGAGCUGGGAAGAUUGUAUCCCCCAUAUAAAUAACAUUAUAUUGGUAGCAAGAAUUUUGUAUAAUAAUUUAAAUAGAACAAUUCUAAGUUUAUUCUACAAAAAUCGAAUUAGCAUAUUAAAACAAUCCCCAUCAAAAUCCGUCAGUUUAAGCUAGAGAUAUGUGUUUUUUUGGCAUUUGAUGCGUCUCAAUCCACCGCACUUCCACAUCUGUGGUGAAAGGUGACAGAGCUAGAGCGGUGUUUGUCACACCAUGAGACAUCCCGAAAAUCGGGUUUUCUCACAAAAUAUUCUGUAGCGUCCGAACGGUUUGGCCUACAAACUAUUAUGACCCCUCUGAGCUAAAUGAUCCUUGGUCUGACCUUCUUAAAACAAUUCCAUAUAGCUUAGCAGAACCCCCUCCCCCGGCUUAGACAGGGCUUAGACUCUUAUGGGUUAAUCAUCAGGUAGAACAGAAAACCAGCAGGCUCCGGACCUCGUAGGGUAAGAGUUGAAUACCCCUGGUCUAUGUCAUGGAAAGAGCAGGUGCUCCUAAUGUUUUGUAUACUCAGUGUAUAGAAGCUUCUCUGUUAGUGAUGCUGAAGGCCUCCAUAUGUAUUCUUACAAUUCCCCAUACUGCUAUCUCACACGGUCUCUGAGCGAGGGGUUAGCUUUAGAAACACACAUGCACAUAGCUAUAGGAGCAAGAGGUUUGCUUUAGACACGCUUUGGGCUGUGGUAGGUUCUGAUGAAAUCCACAGGUUGUGUCGUGGCACGAUAUUCUCUAAAACACAGUGAGCCGUGCUUGUUUCUUUCAGACACACUCACUUCCUUCCUGCUGUGCCACGAUGUCUGUUUGACUCAGCGUCUUCAUGAUUCACAUGGUGUGACAGAGGACUCUAAACAUGACUGGCAGACUGGCAUUAGCAAUAGUAUUAUGACUGUAAUCUGCAGAGCCAUCCCAGGAUGUACGCAGUGAUGGAGGGAUCUGAUGAAGAGAGGGAUGAAACACUCCUCCAUCAGUGGGGAUGACUGUAUCCUCUAUCUAUCACACUGUACACACACCACACUUCUCCCUGACUCCCUGAGACAGUGUUCCCCCUUUAAAUGUUCCGCUGGCAUGUUUCCAGUAGGACCACAUUAAGGAGUGCACAGUCCCCCUCUCCCCUGGUGUCUGCUGCUGAGUCUGCAUUUCUCACACAAUAGUCUGGGAGGUGGUGUGUGUGUGUGUGUGUGCACAGGAAGCCUCUUUGCUGUGAUAAGGCCUGGACCAUCCAGGGGUUAGAGGUCAGAGGUGGUCACCAGGGGGACAAGGCCUGCUCUGAUUGGAUGACUAGGUCCUUGUGAGGACAGCGGUUUGGAAUGCGUCCCGUCUGAGGAAGGGGUUUGAAAUGCUGCCCACAUCUUUAAAUGUCGUGGCCAGAUAUAUGAUACCAUUCACCACUCUGCUCAAAAUACUGCUACACACACACCACAUACAUGAAUUCACAUUUGUAAGUAUGAAUGCACACACACGCAUGCAUGCACACACAGACAUACAAACACACACACACACACACAGGGCCUGUUUUUCUAGUGAAGUAUCUUUGUGUGUUGUUGAGCUGAGAGGGUCUAUUAUGGGUCUCUCUAUGAUGAUGUCCUGACUCCGUCAAAGGUCAUUAGUAAAGGUUGUUAAAGGUCAUGCUCUGACAGCAGUCUGGAAUAUGACCCCUCAUCUCUAUAUCUGUCCCCAUCAGCUGAGCCUGUUUGGAUGUGUGGGAGAAGGAGAGAAGGAAGGAUGAGAGGAGGAAGGUGAAAAGAGGAAGAGAAGAAAGGAGGAGAGAAAGAGAAGGAAGGAGUAGUGAAGGAGAGAGGGCGACUUCAGGGCUUAAGUCAUAAUAUCCCAUUGCUAAGGGCUGUUAUAUCCCGUUGCUAACAGCCUUUUCCAUAGGCCCACUUCCUGCCCAGUCUGCCCGGUUUCCUGUUUGGCCGAUGAUGUCAUCAGGACCUCCAUAUCUCUUCCUCCCUCUCGGGAAACUCAGGGGGAGGCGGAAGGUGGAGAGAGGGGGGAGGACAGGGGUGAGGAGGGAGGAGAUGGGUGAAAGAGAAGGAUAGAGCAGUGACCUCAGGAAGAGGCUGGCAUUCCGUUUCUCUUCCUCCCUCUGCCUCCCACGCUAGGGCAUAGUGAGCUCACUACCCGGGGGGGAGGGUGAGGAAGAGGGUGGAGAGAGGGCUGAGGAAAGGGGUGAGGAAGGGAGAGACAUCUUACGCCUGGCUCACUGUGUUCAAGUCCUAAUAAUGAUGAUGAUGAUGAUGAUGAUGUAGGGCUGUGGUCAAAUUCCUCUCUAGCUACUUAUUAUGUGUAGGUACUUUAACUCUCUCUCUCGCUCUCCCUCUAUCGCUCUCUAGGUGUUCUAUGUAUCUGACCUGUUCAAACCGAGGGUGAAGCCUGCCUCGCCCCCUCCCUCCCCCAUCAAGAAGGAGCUCCUCCCCCCUGCUGACAUCAUCGAGCGGAACAACCACCACAACAUGGUGUGAGACAGGCCCCGCCCCUUCCCGUGACCGAGGAGCCUAUCACAGCGCUGUUCGCCUCCCAUUGGACAGUAGAAUGUAGCGACCAGAGAGACUGUCGCCAUGUCUCAUAUCACACUCUGUUCCUUAUUUAGUGCGCUACUUAUCACACCCUGUGGUCCAAAGUAGUGCACUACUUAGGAAAUAGCCUGUUAUUUGAGACCUGCCCUGCAGAGACCACUCUCACUAUCCAGACUCUUUAACUACUAUUGUUAUUACUACUAUUCUGAUUUGAGCCCAAGUUAGAGCAAAAAUAAAAUAAUCAAAAGCUAAAAGACAAGAAGUUACAGACAGCAGUGCAGAGCCACUGAAACGGAACACUUUGUAACUACACAAAGGGAAAAAAUAAAAAUAAGUGAAUGAAUGAAUGAAGGAAAGACAGAGAAACUGUCUCUGUCUGAGGCCUUGACAUAGGAUAACAACUUCCUUAGUGAUAGGAACGAUAUUACUGCAAUAUUACUAGCAAACGACACAUACAGUAUAUGAGUAACAUUACAGAGCAGAAUCAUUUACAGCACUAUAAUCCAGUUGACUGUCAAUUAUCACCACUCGCCACCAGAUGGAGCAGCUAUUAGAAUGCUUGUUGAUGAUCACGUAGAGCAGGGGUGUCAAACUCAU